CCUCCAUUGAUGUACAAAAAAAACUCAAAAACAACAAUCAUUGAACAAAGAAAUCGCGAUCAGAGGAGAAGAACCGAGUAGAAGGAGAGCUGGAAAUCAAAGAAACUCACCCAUGAUUGAAUCAGAAGGAGAAUUGAAGGAAACGGAACCAUUACAAAUAUUGGUGCAGAGCAAUGGGCAUUGGGAUGACAACAGAAACUAUGUUGAUUAUGAAUCAAGUGGAGAAUUAAUUUCGACCAAGUGCACUUUUGAGGAACUAAUGAGAAUAAUGAUGGAAGAACUCCAAUGCAACCAUGAAUCAACACAACUACAACUGAAAUAUCAACUGAAGGAAGGAGGCCAACCACUACAAAUCAAGGAUGACAAAAGUCUGUUGUUCUACAUAAAGCUAUUAACGAAGGAGGUUGAUUUCACAAGGUACCCAUUGUGUGUGAACAAAACCAGUAACACGGCACCACCUAACCAAACAAUGGUGUGGAACAAUAUGAUCAUGGAAUCGUAUGAGAACAACGCAGCACAGGAAGACUUGCAGCAACCUGGAAACAACACGGCAACAACUUCCAAGCAACAACUAUCUGCGCAGACGAUGGGAUCUGGUGAAGUUGAUGCAUUUUUCCUAGAAACAGUAACAGUGUCAUCAGAAUCAACCAUACAACAACCAGACAACAACAGAGAAAAAACUACAGCAGUAGAUGAAGAUUUCGACUUCACCGACUAUGCAAAGCUUGUGGCUGCAGAAAUGGUACAGCAACUAGAAAACAACCAGGAAGAAGAAGAGGAAGUGGACAACACAGAAAUGAUGAUCAUCAAUGACAAACGACAUGAAACAAUAGAGAAUGGGCAAAUUUACAAGGACAAAGAAACAUUGAUAAGUACACUAUGCUACUUUGCAAUCAAGAAGACAUUUCAAUACAAAGUAGUGAAAUCUUGCACAAAAGAAUACAACAUAGUGUGUUUGGACACAAACUGCAAAUGGAGUUUAAAGGCUACAAAAAAUGGAAACACAGAAACAUUCAUAAUAAGGAGCUACGAAGAAGAACACACAUGUGCAGUUACAAUAAGAUUUGGAGAUCAACGACAAGCUACAUCAAAGUUGAUAGCAGACUUUGUAAAACCAAAAUUCUUGAACCUGAAAACAAAGUGCAGCCCUGCAGACAUAAAGACAGAAAUGAAAGACAAAUACGGAAUAAAGAUGAAUUACAUGAAAGCAUGGCGUAGUAAAGAGCGAGCACAAACCCAGCUACAUGGAAAUGCUAAAGAGUCGUACAAUCUCUUGCCAAGAUACCUGUACAUGCUACAGAAAACAAAUCCAGGAACAUUAAUAGACAUAGAGAAAGAUGAUGAUGACAGUUUCAAAUAUGCAUUUGUUGCAUUGAAUGCUGCUAUAAAAGGUUGGCCAAACUGCAAACCAAUCAUCGUGGUAGACGGUACAUUCCUAAAGGCCGCGUAUGGAGGCACGUUGCUCACUGCCAACACACAAGAUGCAGAAUCUAAAAUUUUUCCACUAGCAUCUUUUGCAUAG